CAUCCGCGCCAAACACGGAAAAAAACAGCUUUCAACACAAGAGAAACUGAGUUCACUUCUCUUUUGACCAAACUUCUUAACGUAUUACUUUUGCUACUUUAUGUCACUCGCUCGUUCCAUUAAACGCUCUCGCUUUUGCGAAACCGUUUCAAUAGCUUUAAGUUUGGAGUAAAGCGGCUUGUUUUGUGUCUCCAAGGGGUCGUCGUGUCGUGGCGGCCUGGCAGACAAACGGUCAGCCAGGCAGAGGAGCUUUCGGUUUUAAGUAAAGAUACAGCAGCAGACGAUGUCGCUGUGGCGCCACAUCAUUGAUAAACAGAAGGGCAGUGCUGGCAGUGCUGGCGGUGCCCAGGGCGACCGUGUGUGUUCGGUUCCCAACGACAGCUCCGGCCUAGCGGGAGAUGACUCAUCAAACACGAGCCAGACUCAUCCCUGUCUGAGACCUACAGCAAAGAGGAACUUCAGCCAGCACAGUCCACGCUCUGCUGCAGGCGAUGCCAAAACAAGCCCAUCAGUAGUGAAAGACGUUGUCAUGUCCGGCCUGCCUAGCUCUCCUGGCCGGUGCCGGGCUCCAGGUUUGUCCUCUGCAGGACUGGAGAGCUCAUUGCUCAGGCAUUUGGUCUCUGGAUCUCCUCAGAGUCACUGCGCUGGAAAGAAGGGUUCACAGCUUAUACACAACCCUAAUAAGGCCACUGUGACUGUGGAUUGGAACACAGCAGAGGUGGUGGAUGUGAACAAGCAAGCUUGCAGGCUGUUGGAAUGUCAUCGCAGUGAUCUCAUUGGUCAAUCGCUGACAUCUAUCCUGAAGACCCAUCAAAUGACUGAGGAUGUCUUGGGUGAAGAAAAUCUUGACUCUGCUGGGAACUUGUUCACUGUGUUUGGAAAAGUGGUAAAUGCAGUAAGUAAGACUGGGGCAGAGUUGCCUGUGUCUGUGUGGACACUGUCAUGUGACCACCACACCUGUGUGCUACUCCUGGAGAGAGUGGACAGGAUAUCAGCCCACUUCUCCUUCUCUCAGGAGGGUGGGAUCCUCAGCUGUGAUUCUGCCUUUGCUCAUCUCAAUGGUUACUGUGACCCUGAUGAGGUGACUGGGCUGUCGGUCACUUUGCUGAUGCCAUCACUGCAUGUUCCACUGCACUGCAAGACCGUACCUAAGAUGUUGCGUGUGCAGAGAUUGUGUGUACAAGGCAGCAGCAGUACAGCACUGCGUGUGUGUGUCCGUUUGCGGGCUGCUGUAUCCUGUGGGAGCCCUUCAGGAAGAAUAAACGGAUCAGGGAAAGCUGAUCUCAAUGAGAAUUCACUUGCUGACAUUACAGAACACAGUCCUGCUGGACCAGGUGGCAAAGAGGGCAAUAGAGAUGGCGUCUGCUCACCUGGCUUGGGUGUGGUGUAUACUGGAUCACUGUGGGCAUUUGCUCCUUCGAGCAGCCUUCUGACUCUCCAUCCUAACGGCACCAUUAACAGCAUCAGCAGCAUUUACUGCCCCCUACUGCUGGGUUACAGCAUGGCCCAGCUACUUGGCAAGAAUAUCACCUUCCUGAUACCAGCUUUUUAUGAGAGGAUGUGUGCUUUUGACAGAAGCACUAGUCUUGUACCUCACUCACAAGAUGAGUCUGUGUCCAACCACUCCAACACAGACUCCUGUAAAUGCCUUAAUGAUGUUGAAGGCAGUGCUUCAAGCCUGUCUGCAGAUGCUGUGUCAGCAAAGGAGGAUCAGCAAGAUACGUGUGAUCUAAAUCCAGUGCUGGCUGGUGACAGCAUCAAGUACCAUGCCAUGCAAAGGAGAGAAGGUGUUGGCAGAGCGAGAAGAGCCUUUGCUGGGGUCCGGGCUAAACUGGAACAGCAAGGCAAAGCUCCCUGCACCAAUAACUCCCCUGCAGUCCCCUCCAUGCCUCUGGACAGACUGGAGGACACAGCAGAUCUCUGUGCAGAGGCAGCUGCAGUAGUAGCCCACUGCAGUGAAUCUGUCCCAGCUGAGUCCACCAUGGCCCUUCUGCAGACCUUCACCUUGGUGGAGUCCCAAGAUUCCUCACUCCAAACCAGGCACCAGCUUUCCAAUGAGAUCCAGGACCCAGUCAGGUCUGACCAGUGCUUAGGAAAAGAGUGUACAGCAGUGGGCAGCCUGUGUUCAGAUGGUGGCCUUCAGGACUCCAGUUUUGAGGUGAUCUCUCUCGGAAGUCGGUCUUCCUCUGGAUUCUGUGAGAAGUGGGCAGGGCCUGGGAGGCCAGACGACACACAAGCAGAAGUGUUGGACUCUGGCAGCUGCUUUUUGCACCUGGACACUAAUGGUGAGGUGAUUGCACAGGCCCUAGCACACCUGGACCUGAACGAGAGUGUGGAGAUUCAAGACCCUCCUGGUGGCCUUGACCAAUCACUGACCUCAUGCGACACAGCCGAGCUGCUGCGCACACCCUCACCCUACGUCGUGGAGUCAGACCCUGAAACUGAGACAGUUAACCCUCCAAAAUGUGCGCUCCCUAAGCUGAAAGAUCAAGAAGGCUGUAUCAGCCCCCAGCAGACAGUUUUGAAUCGCCUAGAGAAGAAUCCAGAUCACUGGAAUCCAGAACCAUGGACUCCAUUCUCAGAGUUCAGUAAAGGCCAUGUUCUCGAUCCCCAGAGUGGUGGAAUGCUGUUGUUGGGUGACACUCCAGCGACCUCAACUCCAAAGAAGCCACAGAAUGCUCCUUCCACACCCCUCUCUCCGCUACCCCUCAUACAGGAGGGCAUGUUUCAGGCCAACUGCUAUCACAGGGAUGGAAGACCCAUUGAGGUGCAGUAUGACGUGCGCAGAGCCACUCUCUCCAGCGGACGUGCUUUGUACUGUGUGUGGUUGAGUGGGAGUCAUCUCCUCCUCCAGCAGCAGGAGACACUGCAGAGUACACAGUCCCCCACAUCAGAGUUCUCAAUUCAAGACAACUCUGCUUACAGCCUGGGAGAGGCAAUAAGCGUGGCAGCCCGAGCCGAGGGCUUGUGCUCCUCAGUGGACCUGGAGCAGUCUGGAGCAUGUGAAGGACAGUUUGAGGAGGACUACCAGCCGCUGCGCACCGUGGGAAAAGGAGCCUUCGGCUUUGUCUGGCUCGCCUCCCGACGCUGUGAUGGACAGGAGGUGGUGGUGAAAUUUAUCAGGAAAAGCAGGGUGGUGAGGGAGUGUUGGGUGGAGGACCCUGAACUGGGUCGGGUCACUCAGGAGAUAGCCAUACUUGCCCGACUGAGCCAUCCCAACAUUGUGAAGGUAUUGGAGGUAUUUGAGAAUGAGAGCUUCUUCCAGAUGGUGAUGGAGAAACACGGAGAUGGGCUUGACCUAUUUGACUUUAUCGACAUGCAACCCAGACUGGACGAACCCCUGGCCAGCUAUAUCUUUAGACAGCUGGUGUCGGCGGUGACUUACCUGCAUGGGAAAAGUGUUUUGCAUAGGGACAUAAAAGAUGAGAACAUCAUCAUAAACACGGAUUUUCACAUCAAACUGAUCGAUUUUGGCUCUGCCACCAAGCUGCAGCCAGGCAAGCUGUUCCACACGUUCUGUGGCACACUGGAGUACUGCUCCCCUGAGGUGCUACAGGGAAACCCGUAUGAAGGACCAGAGCUGGAGAUGUGGUCUUUGGGAGUGCUUCUCUAUACGCUGCUGUUCAGUGAGAACCCUUUCUGUAGUGUGGAGGAGACUCUGCAAGCCAAACUCAACCCUCCCUGCGACAUCUCGACAGAGUUGUAUGGUCUGCUGGUUGGCUUGCUCCAUCCUGUGCCGACUCAAAGGAUCACUCUAGAGGAGCUGCUCCAGGAGUCGUGGAUCCGGCAGCCCAUUAACCUGGCAGAGUACAGCUGGUGGGAAGUGUUUCCUGGCAGCCACGAUUCUGCUGAUCAUGCCGAGUGCGUUCCAGGUGUUCAGCAGGGGGACAUUAAGUCUCAGGCUGGUGACCAGAAAUCUCUGCAGUAUGAAGAUGAUGAAGAGGAGGAGGAAGAAGAUGAAGAACAGAGGAGAAUGAUGGCAGCACUGAAAUCUGAACUUCUGAAGUAUCUCAAUGAUGAAUGAAGACUGGGGAAGCUGGGAAGUACUUUUGGGCUGAGGUAACUUCACCAGGCUAAAGUGGCAACAGAAGGAAACAAGGUGGAAAAUUUGCACUUUGCACUAAUUAUAUCUUCAUUUUUCUUCCAUGAAGUUGUGUUGGUUGACCUGUUUACUUUUCAAAUGAAGUCUUGCUUGAACAAAACUGUCUGUCUGUUUCUUUAAACACUAUAAAUCCUGUCUGUGGUGAAUGUCAAAGGAUCUUGUAUCAUGUGGUGUGAGUGAAAUGUCUCUAAAUUACAAAUUAAAGAGGCCUUAAAUGUAA